GAACCUUUCCUGAGAUUCUGCCCCAGGAUGCCAACUUUGAAUAGGAUGAAGACUACAACUUGUUCCCUUCUCAUCUGCAUCUCCCUGCUCCAGCUGAUGGUCCCAGUGAAUACUGAUGAGACCAUAGAGAUUAUCGUGGAGAAUAAGGUCAAGGAACUUCUUGCCAAUCCAGCUAACUAUCCCUCCACUGUAACGAAGACUCUCUCUUGCACUAGUGUCAAGACUAUGAACAGAUGGGCCUCCUGCCCUGCUGGGAUGACUGCUACUGGGUGUGCUUGUGGCUUUGCCUGUGGAUCUUGGGAGAUCCAGAGUGGAGAUACUUGCAACUGCCUGUGCUUACUCGUUGACUGGACCACUGCCCGCUGCUGCCAACUGUCCUAAGAAUGAAGAGGUGGAGAACCCAGCUUUGAUAUGAUGAAUCUAACAAAAACUGCAGUCUCAAUUUGGAAAUCUGACUCAUGUGCCUUUAAAUGUGUUCAUAUUGCCCAUUUACCCUGCUUCUUGAAAUGCUUCUUGAAAAAUAAAGACAAAUUUGCAUGUG